AACAUGGCCACGUGAUAAGUUGUGUCUGUUUACUCUGCUCCCCUUAAUUUCUCGCUGUAAAAAUAAAAAACAAAAAUAUAUAUACACAAACAAUAAUAAUAGUAACAAAGUAGAUAAUUUAUUAUCAAAAUAAUCAUUGAAUCAGUGAUAAAGUGGACUAGCUCCACAUAAAAUAAAGAAACAUGAAAAAUAAUAAUAAAUUUAUAAAAACGUGAUAUUUGUGUGACGCGCAUCAUCGAAUGUGGCAUCUAUCAACAAUCAUUAUUAUUUUUUUCUAUUUUUUACUGUGUAUAUAUUUAAGUUAAAAAUUAUAUUUUAAUUAUGGCAUCAUCAUCAACAUCAUCAUCAUCAACAACAACAAGCACAACAAUGACCACGCCCAAGUGUACAUGUCAAUUUAUUAAAAAUAAUAAUGACAAUGGUGUUGGUAAAAAUUGUGUUAUUAAAAAUUAUAAACCACACGGUAAUUUUGCAAGAAUAUUGUGGGAAAAACAACGAGCUGAUGAACGUCUUCAUGCAUAUGAUAAAACACGAUGGUAUACAAUUGACAAGAGUUUGAUACGUGAGGACAUACUGAGAAUGUGGGUACCACUGGGAACUGGACCACAUAACGAUCAGCCAGAUAAAAGUGCUGAAAAGUUUCUUGAUAGAUCAAUGGAACGAUCAGAUUCAUUGCCACUACAAGCAUGGCAUUCACUUGCACGAUCAGCACUGUCCUGGUUCAUCAGUCAAACAUCAGUUAAUGGGUUGCUUGGACGUGGAUCAAUGCAUGUAUUCUCAGGGGAACAAUUUAAAAAACUUAUGGAGUCAAGUGGUUACAAUGGACCUUGGAAUUCGGUGAUUGAUCUUGGUGCUGGUGAUGGUGCUACAACUGUUCAUGUUGCACACCUAUUUGACAAGGUUUAUGCAACAGAUAUAUCAGCACCAAUGAGAUGGGCACUUGCUAAAAGAAAAUUUAAUGUACUUGACAUUGAUAAAUGGCAACAAACUGGACCAUUUAAUGUAAUAUUAUGUUUAAAUUUAUUGGAUAGAUGUGAUCGUCCAAAUACAUUACUUCGACAAUUACGUGCAUCAUUAUCACCAGGUGGUAGAUUAAUUGUUGCACUUGUACUUCCAUUUAGUCCAUAUGUUGAAGUUGGUGAACGUGAUGAUCAUAAACCAUCAGAAUAUUUACCAAUAAAAGGAAGUGGUUUAGAAGGUCAAAUAGCUGGUCUAGUUGAUCGUGUAUUUGGUCCAGUUGGUCUUAAAUGUCUUGCAUGGAGUAAAUUGCCAUAUCUUUGUGAAGGUGAUAUGGGUCAAGCAUAUUAUUUUCUUGAUGAUGUUAUUUUUGUUCUUGAAUCUCAUGAGGAGGAACCAUACGAUAGUAAUCAGGAGAAAGAUUAAAAAAUAACAAA